GUAUGGAAUUAGAUGGGAGUCCGAAGAUAUUAAUACCAGCUCCCAUUAUAUGAACAUAAAAACAUUUUGAUACGCUAAUUAGUGAAAGGAGUGAGCAAAGAUCCAAAGUUAAUUAGUGUUGUGAAUCAUCCCCAGCCCAUGUACGCGCAAGACACAGAGCAUUGAUCAUUUGAUCGAUCGAUCCUGUAUUUAAACAUGUCAUUUUUCUUCAAGCCAUCAAAACCUAAAACUCCACAAGAGCUGGCGAAAGCAAUUAGAGAUAGUUUAAAUGCUCUUGACACCAAGACUAUUGUUGAAGUCAAUGCCCUCAAAAAGGCCCUUGAAGAGGUGGAAAAGAAUUUUGCAAUUAUGAGAGUUAUGCUUUCUGGAGAUGGGGAAGUUGAACCAAACCCAGAUCAGAUUACUCAGUUGACACUUGAAAUAUGCAAGGAGGAUGGGUUGACUCUUCUCAUGGACAAGUUACCUUUAUUAAAAUGGGAGGCAAGAAAAGAUUUAGUUCACUGUUGGACCAUAUUAAUGAGGCAACAGGUCGGCUCCACUUUCUGCUGCGUGCAGUACAUAGAGAACCAUUUAGAAUUUCUAGACUUCCUGGUUGUCGGUUACGAUAACAAGGAUAUUGCGUUAACUUGUGGGAGUAUGCUGCGUGAAUGCAUCAGAGUACCAACUCUAGCAAAGUAUGUAUUGGAGUCUCCAAGCUUUGAGAUUUUUUUCAAAUAUGUGGAGCUACCUAACUUUGAUGUUGCUUCUGAUGCUUUUUCUACCUUCAAGGAUCUUCUUACCAAACAUGAAACAGUAGUUGCUGAAUUCCUAACGACUCAUUAUGACGAGUUCUUUGAGCGCUAUGAGACACUACUGACCUCAAGAAAUUAUGUGACAAGAAGACAGUCUUUAAAGCUUCUCUCGGAAUUUCUUUUGGAGCUUCCAAAUCCCCAUGUUAUGAAGCGCUACAUUGCUGAAGUACGACACUUGAAAGUUAUGAUGACUUUAUUGAAGGACUCGAGCAAAAACAUUCAGAUUUCCGCUUUCCAUGUUUUCAAGGUUUUUGUGGCAAACCCUAACAAGCCGCAAGAGAUAAAAUUAAUAUUGGCUAAGAACCAUGAAAAAUUGCUCGAGUUACUUCACAAUCUAUCUGCGGGUAAAGGUUCUGAUGAUGAUCAAUUUGAAGAGGAAAAAGAGCUAAUAAUCAAAGAAAUAGAGAGAAUUUCUCGGCUGCUUAACCUUGAAACAUAGUUUGUUUGUUUUCAGUGCCUCCUCUGCAAGGGCAAUACAUAUAUAAACUGACCUCUUUAAAAAACCGAAUACACGUUCGAUAGGAAUGAGUUGGUGUAAUAUGAUUAUCAUACUGCCUGGUCCAUAGAAUGUGUAAAAGUUUUAUGCCUUUCUUUUUCCUUUUUUUUUUUUGCUUUCAGUAAUUUAGUUUAUGCAUGUUCUUGUAAUGUUGAUAAGCUAUCAUUAAAAUUAGUUUGAUAUUCACUGUA